AUGACCCGUCUUUCGUGCCGACGCGCGAUCGAGCUGAAAGCGACGCUGCAGGAGACCCGGGCGCAGGUGCACACCCCAAGUGAUGUGGACUACGCGGAGCGCAGUCGCUGUCUCGAGCUGGGUGAGGUCGAGUCGAGGCAGGGUGCCAUCGUCCAAGUCACGACCACCGACGAGGUUUCGCGCGUUCUCAGCUACGCGAGUAAACACCACAUUCCGAUUAUCGUCCACGGUGGCGCCUUUGCAACAAGUAGCUCAUCGGGGGAGGAGGGAGGGAUCGUCAUCAGUCUGGCGCGCAUGUCCAAAGUGGUGGUUGAUCCGGCAUCACGCACACUGGCCGCUCAAGGAGGCGCGAGAUGGGAGGAGCUCGUCGGCGUUGCGGGCGCAUCGGGCCUCACGGUCAUUCCGGCCCCUGGGCAUGGCUCUACAGCCGAUGCAGGUCUUGGAGCAGGAACUGGCUGGUUGACGAGUUGCCCUGGCUCGAUUGUCGACAACCUAGUGAGCGUCAAGAUAGUCCUGGCGGAUGGGAAUAUUGUCACAACGUCGAGCACGGAGAAGCCCGAUCUCUUUUGGGCGCUGCACCACGCCGGAGGGGUGUUCGGUCUUGCCACUGAGUUGGUAUUUAGGGUGUAUCCCCAGGGGAGGCAGGAAGGGUCUACGAAAAGCAGCGAGGCAGAUGGUGGGCCGAAAGACGGUGUGGAAGACUCUGGCCAGGACGACCUACCACGCUUGCAGAAACUGAAAAGGCAAUACGAUCCUUAUGGGCUGUUUGGCAGCCUGGACAGUGCCUCCUUAGACACGCGAAAAUAG